AUGUCGAUAACGCUAGUUCAAGUUCUAAUGGGAACUAAGGGUGUGCCGAGGGCUCCUACAUACAGUUUAAUUACUUUUGUAUUCAACAUGUUGGAUCCACUUAUGGAUGCUAUUAAAAAUUCGGCGGAGCCAGGAUGGCUUGAAAAAGCAGUAAGCGGCGGAUUAAGAGUUUGGCAAAUAAUGUUUUUAUGUCUAGCUGGAAUAACAUCUGUUGUUGUGAUGCUCUGCUGUUGCUUCCGUUUUCGUAUUCCGCGCACAAAGCAGCAAAUCGAGGCGGACUACCAGCGCCGGAAAAUUACCAUCAAGUUCCGACAACAACUCGAAACUAUUCAAGACUCUAAGAUGGACGCAAUGUCAUUAAAAGACGCCUUGGAACUGUUACACGAGAAAUCGCAUUCAAUGGAGGACAAUCAGCAGGGAUCACAGCCGAGUUCCAUUAUGUCACCACAACAGAGCUCACUAGACGCGUCGUUCCAACCGGAAAAUGGGCAGCAACCUGAAGCGCAAACGUCUGGGCUAAACUUCGUCAAGUUCGCGACCAAAGUCGCACAUCUCUCGAAACUCAGCCAGCCGAAAUCACCAACGUCGCCGCCACCUACUGGGAAUAAAAUUGACUUC